AUGUCUAUCACUGACGCCGCCGCACAAGGUAUCGCCGCCGCACAAGCUAGUGCCGCCGCACAGAGUAGCUUUGCUACUAACCCUUACCAACUUAACGCUUCCGACAAUCCGGGCUCACUAAAGGAAGACAAUUACUCGACUGAGCUACGAAACUCAUUACAAGCUAAGCAAAAACUUGGCUUUAUCGAUGGUACGAUAACAAAACCUGCUGCUGAUCCAGAACUAAGCACGUGGCUGGCUUCAAAUUCGAUGAUCAUCGGCUGGAUACGUACCUCGAUUGAUCCUAAGAUCCGAUCAACGGUCUCUUUCGUUUCUGAAGCUUCAACAACCUUAUGGAAGAGUCUUCAAGCUCGAUUUUCCGUUGGUAAUCUUAAUAAGCACGAGUCGGAAUCUUUGGUGAAGGAAGAGGAGAUUAACUCGGUUUCGAAAUCGAAUGUACCGACAAAAGCAGUGAAGCCUGAACCAGCUUCAGCUGCUUCGACCUCAGCGGCGGCAACGGGGGCAGUGACUGAAGACGAGAUUCGAGCUUUUCUGAUGGAGAAGAAGAAAGUCACUACACAGGAUCUUGUCUCCAGGUUUAAGGCAAGGCUCAAGACCAAAGAGGAGAAGAACGGCUUUGCUGAUAUUCUGAGGAGGAUCUCACAGAUACAGAAGAACGCUGGUUCUCAAAACUUCGUCGUUUUGAGAAAAAGAGAAACAUGA